UGCUGCUACUGUCUGAGUUCAGUUGAGGCUCUUGAAGACUGAAUGUCUGCAUAUGGCUUCUUACAUCACAGUGGCUGGGUUGCUGGAGGGAGCAUUCCAAGAUGGAAGGCUUUUGUGACCUAGCAUUGCAGUCAUGCUGUGUUGCUGCUGCUAUAUGCUGUAGGUCAAAUGCGAGUGCGGGACCAACCCAGAUUUGAGUGUCUGCUACAGCACCCAGAACACUGUGGUCCACCCUGGCCUAGCAUUUCACUUCUCACUUCUGCUUGGAACGACCCAACAGAAAAACAAAGUGCUGGAGAUAAAGGAAGCAGAUGAUUUAAAAAAGUGAUUAAGAAACUGUGUUUACUUUUUGGAUUUUGAGGCCUUUCAAGUUUCAGGUUUGAACAGUGACUUGUGGGUGGUGCAUCUAGACUCUGGUUCACUGCCAAGAGCUGGGUGUGUCUAGCACAGAGGAGUGAUUUAAGAGUAAUUUAAGUUUAAGUGCUCCCAAAUGAACAUUACCCCAGUAGCAUAAGGUUAAAUUCUGGCUUUGCAAGGCCCCAAGCAGACAUUUAAAAAAGAGAACCUUUGGCCCUUUGUUCAAAUCCCACUGAUGUCUGGAUGCCUUGCAAUUCUGAUGCUACUUGGGUGGCAUUGAUGUUUGAGAGAGAAAAAAAGGUUGAUUGGAGAUGGGGCCCUUCUGCCCUCUGCUAUUUGUCCCUCUUCACCCUUACCAACAAACCUUGGCUAACAUCCUCAAGUUAGAGAGCUUAGCUAUUUAAAUAGAGGGUCAGAGUCAGUAAGACAAGGUGUGGGUGACAGUGAGUUGGAUAAACUUACUUGUGAUGCUUCUGUAUGAACAUAUUAGCUUAAAAAAAACUUACUGGAGCAUGAUCUCAAAAACUCUGUAAGUAAGGGGUAAAACCAUUAAUGCUGGCUAAUAAGUGUUCGUUGCCAGAAAAGAGGUAUGUGUGUGUGUUUGUGCACACGUGUGGGUACCCGUGCAUAUUCUGGAGACUUGGGAAUAUUUAGCUUGAUGACUAUAUUUGUUUUUAAAAGACCUAAAGUUAAUUAGUUUAGAUAUUAAUGCGGUUUUCUUCUUUAAUGCUUCAGGAGCAUCUCAGUGCUCUUGUUUCUGCUGUCCCUGCCCUGUGGCCAGCAGUCUUGUUCAGUCACACUGAAUGGCCGCAUUCUGUGGGAUGAGUUCUCUAACAGCAGGGCUGUGGUAUGGACACCAGCCAUGUCUUUUCUCAACAGGCCUCCCCACUGGCCUACCACCUUUUUUUUUUUUUUUUUGCCAGGGUUACUACUGUUUACCUCUCUCUUUCUGUCUUACUUUGUUUCCUCCAUGUCACUUCAUCUCCUGCUUGUCUUAGGCUGUUUCUUCGUUUUCCCUUCAUCUUGACCCCCAACCUUAGCCUUUCUGCUUGAGCUGGCUGACAAAACGUGGCCACUUUACCCAACGCACAAAGAGACCACCGCAGAAGGGGCUGAGGGCCCUGACAUUGCACUGAGUGCUGGGAUGCUUUGGGGACUACCUUUCCAGUGGUUGAUCAAUACUGUGUGUGUGUGUGUGUGUGUGUGUGUGUGUGUGUGUGUGUGUGUGAAUCAUUCUGCGGUGGCUGUGGGGAACAGGCAGUGCCAAACCCUUGGCAGGAAUAUCAUCCAUGUAUAGUAAUGCCCACACCCUCGAAGAACCUUUUGUUCUUUGAAUCCCACUCCUGUGGGUUGAUAUUUUAGUGAGAGUAGUGAGUAGCCCAGUAUUUUUCUUCCUUCUAAUUCAUUUAACACGCACACAUGCACACAUCUAUCUUCUGCUAACAUGUACAAGUAUGAGAUAAAUGGGAACACAAGGAUCAUAUUGUACUUGAGUUACAUCAUUGCUGACUUCCUGAGAAGCCUGUUCAAAUGACUAGAGGAUGUUAACUAAAUUGACAAUGUGUUUCUCUGAGGUGGAAGUGAGCAAAACAUCUGCUUUUAUAAUAGUCUGCUUGCCUGGAUAGGCAUGUACCGUUUUGUUGUUCCAGAAGACUUUCAAGCAAAUAUACUGGUGAGUUUCAAUGGCUUGGAACUUCCUGUUUUGUGAUUAAAAAAAAUGCCUUUGGAGAAUGGACAAUGUUCACAGGAUUCAGUGUUGCUUUAAAUGUAUUCUCAGCCCCCAGAUUAUCUCAGGGAAAGAUUGAUUAGGAAGCUACAUGGGAUAGAAAGCAGAUGAUAGGUCCAUUGCUUCUUUCCUUUAGUGCAUAGCAUUUGUUGACACUAUUGUGUAAUACAAUGAACCUAGUGUUGGAGAUGCUAAGGCCAAGAAAUACAGAACGUUGAAAGGACAAGCAUCCUACAAAAUGUUCAGGAAGUCCAUUCAAGCCUUUUCCUUUUGAUUUACAACCUUUGUUCAGAUAGGGCCUCAGAAAAUAAAACCAAACAAAAAUAAAGACCUUUGGGAUGAGCUGAGAUGGAUUGCCAUGAAUUUCAUGAAGAAUUUGAGGAACAUAAUAUUUAAUGGUGAUAUUGGCAGAUAGAACAGCUUUUCUGGUGUUUGUAUGUGACUCUGGCCAACCUACUGUUUGACUCAAAAGCAUAAGCUUGGAGAGUAUGGAAUUUUUAAAAUGUCACCUCUUGUAUGUGGUCUUGGGCAGCCAUUUUCAUCAGCUCGUUGGCUUGUGAGUUAGCCCUGGUAUAAAAUAGAGUGAUAAGUUUAGAUUAUUUUUAUCUCAGGAUGACGCUCUGUGAUUGGAUGACUGUCUUCACCUCUUUGGAGUUUGAGUCAUUCUAUCUGUAAAAUGAAGCUCUAUAUAGAAGCUCUAUAUAUAAAACAUGUAUGUUUUUUUCUCAGAAUAUUACCUGAUUAGUGAAUACUAAAUGGCUAGUGAGGGAAUGGAAUAUUUUGCAUGGAGGACAGUGUCACUGGAAUUUUUAGCACCUAUUUUUGAAUAAAUAUCACAUAUGAGAUCUCUAAGAGCUUUUCACAUAGCUUUAUUUUGAAUUUUUGAAAAAUAUAUUUUGAAUGUAUAUAUAUGUAAUUGUCUCUAUAAUGCUUCUGAAAAAAUGAAAGAAAGGAAUGACUGAGAACAGAGGAGAGCCAAUGGCCUUUACUUGCUCUCAGUUCAAGCUGGGUCUAUGUAUUGCCUUUUACACAAACCAAGUGCUGGUGCAGGCAGUCUCUAAACUUAGCAACUCAUGGAACUGGUGCUGAGUACAUGGUAGAGAAAGAUUCAAAACGCCGCUGUUUUACCUGAGAUGGGAAAAAUGAAAGCAAAAUAACAUCAACAAAAACAGAUAAACUUAGCCUUGACUACAAAACCCCAUGUCACUAGCCUGGGGUUUCCUAAACUGUGGGGUGUAGAUGAGAAUGGGGUGAUCUGGGUGGUUCAACAGCCUUGAACCAAGAAGGCAGAGUUAUUUACUUUCGAGCUCUCUUGUAGUCCUUCUAAUAACUGCAAGUGUAAACGCAGUUUAAUAUUUGCUAAUUUCUCUAGUCUACAGAAAGAAGCUUUGUUGGAUAACACAAUUUAGCUAGAAUUUAAUAACAUUGUUUUGUCUUCUUCUUCUUCUUCUUCAUCUUCUUUUUUUUUUUUUACUAUUCCCUCUAUUAUAGCAAAUGAUACUGACUUUCCAUUUGAACCGGUUCUUUUAGAAUGAAUUUAGGGGACAAAAGCAAGUGCUUGAAGAAAAUCAGGAAGUAGCUAUUGCCCAGGUGUUGCACAGAUAUUUGUAAAGGAGGUAAUGGGUUGAGUGAGGUUUGGGAAACACUAGCUGCAGAUACAUAUGAAAGCAAUUUAAACGAGGCAAGGCUUGGAUUUGAAGCCAGGGCACUGACCCCAAGGCUGGGGAUCCUUCUGCAGUGUCCUUGUGCUUCACCACUGCAAAGCUGCCUGCAGCCUGACCUGGAUAGCUGAUGGAGGAGGACAACAAUAUGCUUCCCACAGCACUGCUAUCAAGUUAUCUCUACGUGGGGAUGGAGGAUUCCCUCCUACAGGUAGGCAAAGUCUCCUGAGAAUUAAUUUUGGGCUGGGCAGAGUGGCUCAUGCCUGUAAUCCCAGCACUUUGGGAUCCCAGCACUUUUAUACAAACCAAGUACUGGUGUAGACAGGAACCCUAAACUUAGCAACUCAUGGAAUUGGUGCUGAGUACAUGGUAGAGAAAGAUUCAAAAUGCUCCUGUUCUAUCUGAGAUGGGAAAAAUGAAGGCAAAGUAAUAUCAACAAAAAAAAAGACAAACUCAGUUUUGUAGUUUCGUGGCACUGGCCAGGGGUUCAAGACCAGCUUAGGCAACAUAGUGAGAUCUAUUCUCUACAAAAGUAAAAAUAAAAAAUAAGCUGGACGUGGUGGUGUGUACCUAUAAUCUUAGCCCCAAAUUCAUUCUCAUGAAUAGUCUUAGCUACUCAGGAGGCUGAGAGAGAAUUGCUUGAGCCCAGAAAUUUGAGGCUGUAGUGAGCUGUGAUCAUACCACUGCAUUUCAGCCUGGGCAACAGAGUGAGACCCUGUCUUUUUUUUAUAAGAAUGAGUUUGGGGGAGAAUUUCCAGAAUAGUAGGUCUUUCUCCCCAUAGCUUGUGAGCAUUAAGAUAAAAAUACCCCAAACUGCAUCUUUCUCAUGGGGCCCUUGUCAAACCAGGGUGACUUUCUGAGGUAGCCACUCACUGGGUGCCAGAAAACCCUGAGCCUGUUUAUCCAGAAUUCUCUGUGCCUGUGUUGUUAAGCAAAAGUUUUGUGUCUUUAGCAGAGAUGAUAUUGUUCCAGGGUUUGGCUUCCCUUACCUCCAGGGGCACAGUAGAUGCUAAUGACUUUGUAACAGCAGCUGGAGGUCGUGACAGAGAGCUGUUGUGUGUUGAGGAGAGAAGGCACAUUUCUUCUGUCAUUGUGUGGAAAGUGUCACAAGCCACUCUCUUUCCAUCUGCCCAUGAUGCUGAGAUUUGUUCAGAUGGCCAAUGGAGGAGCGGACUGGGACUAGCCCUUGGCAGGGCUCUGCGGAAGGCUGGGAGAGGUGGGUUGACAGUGGAAACUGGCAUUCUGCUGUCCUCUGGAGGCCCUGCUUUGAUGGAUGGCCGGGCAGCCUGUGUGGCACAGAUCACCAGUGGUGGUUGAGGUGGUGAAGUGUGUCCCCAUUAACUCCACUCUGGGCAGUGAACUGAAGAGGGAACAAAGCCCAGGAAAUGGGCCUUCGUGGCAGUGGUGGAGGUAGAGUGACCAAGAGCAAACCUCACCACUUGUCCCUAACCAUUCAGUUGUUCCAGAGGCAGUGAGCUUGGACUUUUAGCAAGAGAGAUCUUGGGGUGGGGUGUGGAUCUUCCACAAAGACGUUACCUACAUGCAUGUUCCUAUACAGACUUAGCCUUCCAAUCUCAUACUUAAGAACACUUAUUUAACUAAAACAUGCUUAUUCCAACAGCAUGUUGACUGGAGAGUAGAGUUGUUACUAGUUUACUAUUUAGUAUUAACUGAAUAAAUAUUUAGAAAGGACUGGAUGGGGGUGGGCACCUGGGGCUGGGGUGCAUUUGCCCUGGCUCUACAUUUAUGAAGGACCUCAGAUUUCAUUAUGUGACAUUUUCUGUAAACAAGGGUAUAUAUACUAUAACAGAAACACAGAGGCUGGAAAAAAGGCCACUAUAAAACUUCACAGUUGGGUUCUAUUACAAAACCACAUUGUCUGCAUAGUGUUAUGAUGUCGGCAAAUAUAUAAAUCUUGUAUUUAUAUACUUUAAAAAAUGCAUAUGUUUAUUAUAUGUAAACAUUGUAAAUAUACUAUAACUUUUAUAUCCUUCUUUUCCUCCUCCACCAAUGGCUAUCUUUAGAGAUUUCCCCCUUCCCACAAAAAAAGUUCAAGCAGGAGCAAGAGAGUGGGCUGAGGGAGGGAGAGGGAGGGGUGGUGUUCUUUAUUGAUUAAGUGCUUUGAGUUCUUUGGGAAGUCAAACACCAUGGAAAUCUACUUAGCUUCAGUCUAUUGCUUGAGAGGUACUCUAGUAAGCCAAAGUUUGCCUGGUGUAGGAUGUUUAUCAGAGUGGAGUGGCCAAAAAUGAACGCCACACAUUUCCGUAUCUGAAUUCUGCUCCUCAGGGCCCAAUAGCUAACUUUCUAAUCUACAAGAGCACUCGUGCUUCCUGGUCUCUGGGCCUUUGCAUGUGCUGUGUCUCUAGCAGGGACAGGGAAUGCUCCUCUCUCUCAGUUCCUUCUUGAGAACUCUGAAUCAUCCUUUAAGACUCAGAGGACUUGUUACCACUUCUUUGAUACAUUGCUGGACCACCUUUUCAGCAUAGCCCCUGAACUCCCACUGCACCAUGGAAAAAAUUGUUCCCUCUUCUAACAUGCUUAGGUGCCUUGUAUGACAAUGUGUAUAGAUAGCUGUGUGUGUCUCUCCACACCAUGAGCUUCCUAUAUAGGGCCAUUUCUAAUUCGUUCUUGAAUUCUCAGCCAAGCAGCCUGCAAAGGCAAGGUGCUCCAUAAAUGUUAAACCUAAUUGAAUCUUUUAAUAAAAUGAUGAGUGUAACCUCUAACACUAUAAAAAUUAAACAAAAACUCUCAGAAGCAACAAUGUGCACUAAAAUUAAUUUGAAAAAUUUCCUUCCAUAUACUGUUAGCAAAGUACUUUUCUUUUAUAGGCCUCUCCUGUGCUAUAAAACUCUUGAGUGUUCUAAAAAUAUUUUUAAAAAUAGGCAUUUAGAACCUCUUUAAUGAACUACUUCCAAAUGUGGCUAAGAUAUUUGAGGCUUUCCCCGCAGCAGGUGUAAAACCAGCAGUUGGAGCUGAACACCAAGAAGUGGGAAUUUCUGGCUCAGAGAUGGAGAGGUGUCUGUCUUGAAAUUUCACAGGUGGCGGGUGACACUAUUCUUGGUAGAGUCCCAGGUUAAAGGGUUGACGUUCUCUCUGGGUGCUCUUUGGUAUGUAGAUCGGCUUCCUGAGCUCUUGCAAAAUAGUUGGUGCAUCUCAAAUUCUCUGACUGUGAUUUUGACUGUUUGCACAGGCAGCCUUGAGGCCCUCCGCUUCACCUGCGAUAUGACCGCAGCACUGCUCAAAUCUGCGGUGGAAAUCACAGCUUUAUCUACUCCCUCACAGAACUGUAAACUAAUUCUUGUCCUCUUUCCUGAUUUCCUAAUGGCCCUUGUUUAUAAAAGUGCUUUAUAGUAAAGGCCAUUCGUCUAUCUCACAGGUUAAAGUCAAGAAGAACAAAGGCUGGUCUAAAAUAGAGCAGAAAACACAAAAUAAAAAGGUAUUGUGGACCAAAAAAAGAAGUAUCAGUUAUUUCAUUUGCUUCUAGGAGCUUAGCUUCCAAUGCUGCCCUCAGAAUCCAUUAUUACUAGAAUUUCAAAAUUACAUUCCAAUUCAGAUUCAGAUUGCAAUGCUGAUUUUUUCCUUGUGUAAGGAAUAACAAUUUUAGAUUUUAUUUCAAAAAUAACAUGUUAAUCUCUGAUCAAACUACAACAUAUUUAUAAUUCAAUGUAAGAAUCCAUGUAAGUAGUUUUCCUUUGCUUUGACUUACGCCGAUGUGUAUUUAAUGCAGUGUAGAAAAGCACUAAUUAAGCUGUUCGGUAAAGUCACUCUGUAUAGGUUUCAGGUAUGGCCACGUGAAUAGCGAGAAGUAUAAUAACUGCGCUCGUAUCUUGGCAGCAGAUGGCUUUUUGCUGCUGCCUCAUUUCUCUGAAGCUCUGCAGAGGCCAACCACAUAAAAUGACUUUCGAAUCUCCCUUCAAUCCUCACGACGUAGUGCCCUUUUUGUUGGGCUGUGUACACCUGCUUUCACUAGACUCCAGUCCCGUAAAACUGUCAAUUGGAUCCUCUCACAAGAAUACAUUAGCAUUGUUUAAGGGGCUGUGCAUCACUUUUUGACUGCUGUAAUUUGUUUUAAGCAGAACUUAAAAUGAUUAAUUGAUUGAUCCUUCUUUAAGGUAUUACAAAUACAGACUGACAUCAGCAAUUUUACUGACACAUUGAACAUUCACAUAACCCUCUCAUAGCCUUGCUACGUACGUGUGUUUGUGCAUGUGUGUGUACUCACUAGGGCAACGUGUUUAUGGAGACAUAUUAAGAACUGAGAAAGGGAAAACCCCUCUUAUUUCAGAGACUGGAAACAAGAGAAGCAGGGAUAAGGUGGGAGAGAAAAAAAAGAGAGAAAAGAAACCUUAAAAUUCACAUGGGAUUGUCAAGGAGCAGAGGAAAAACUUCCAGAAGCUUCGAGGCCUCCAACAUUUCUGAGAAAAUCCAGUAAAGCAUGAAACUCUGAAGGCUGUUCCUAGAAACCAGGUGUGUUUUAAGUGUAAGAAAAAAAGCUAGGCUGCUCAAUCCUUUAAAACUUGAAAUUGUUGUUACCAUGAGAAAGAGGAAGGCUGGUGUGGAGGUCAGGCCCUGGGCAAACCAAACCUCUGAGCUACUCUGCACAGGCUAGUUCAUCUCAAUGAUCUAACGAGAUCCGUUGAGGCUCUUUUUGUUGAGUGAGAGAGAGAGGAAUAGUCGUAGAUGUGACAUUUCCUAAGAUUUUAUGAAUGAAAAUUUCCAUUAGCUACUUUCAGGGCAAAUGUAUGUUAAGGCAAAAGGAUGCUUCCGCCCCCAAACCCCUCCCAGUUACUAUUAACUCUUUAAUUGGGCAAAGUCUGUUUAUGCCAGUCAGACCUAGAGAAAUUUGCAUAGUAUACAUAUAACCAUGGGAAUUUCUCUAUUAUACUAUUAUCAGUGAAAAUAGAGAUGGAUCUUCAGGUUUAGGAGGGUGAGGGUAAGUUACGUCACAAAUGCAAACAGUUACAACUGCUGUCAUCAACACACCAGUCCUAUGUCUUGCUUAUCUGAAUUCUUUCUGGUACUCACUUUUAAACCAAGGGAAAAAAAAAUCUCAGGAAAACGUUAGGGAUAUUUUUGUGCCUUCACAGCCAUCACUUACAUAAGGAAACUUUUGAAUAAAAUGAAUUUUUGGAAGUAAGAGUGACAAAUGACUGUAAUAUAAAAAGUUACACCCUAAAUAAUGGUUUAUGCUAUAUUUUCAACAUGCUGGUUUUUGGAUGGGUAAUUUCUUUGAUAAUAAAUGUGAGUUCGCUCUGACAUGGGAGGUUGGUAUUUAUUGUAGGAUCUGUACUUCUGAUCACCUCUCCUAACAUGGGAAUAAUCCCUCAUUGCUGGUCAAUUGCCUUGAGAUUCUCAGAUGGAAAUGAAGCUCACAUUGCCAAAUAUUUUUACUGGGCCUAAUGAUAGAUCACCUGAGCGUAUCCUUCCUUAACAAUUAACUGCAAUUUAGAAGACAUUUAGAGUCUUUUGGAAGACAUUUAAUGCAAGUGAAGUGAUUUGUGGAAAGACUGCGAAUUUCAGUCUUUCAGAUGAAAGAUGAUAAUGGGAUUCAAGUCCUUUUUUCUGAUUUAUUAUUUGUGUUCCUAUUUCUUACACAGUGAAACUUCUUAUUUUUCAGGACCCAAUGGCUGAUAACAAUUAUUAGGGGGGUGUGUUGCUUUAUGGGCCCUAGGUUAAGACUUUUAAGUACAUUUAGUAUGUAUUAAUAAUAGGCAACACUUAGGGGCCUUGCAAAAAGAGAAAACUGUUGUGAAAACAGCUUUAACCUGUCAGGAAUGAGAGUGGGAGGAGGGAGCUAAAUAGGUGAUGUGUUUCAUCAUCUCAGGUUGGUAUAUUUUGGAGAAGGUGUGAGAAAAAGAAUAAGGCAAUACUCCAUUGGAAAGCAGAGAAUCUAGAAAUUUAAAAAAAUCUAAGCAAAACAUUGUUCUUCUAAGAAAUAAGUCUCACUAUUAAUUUGUCACAUGCCAAAUGUUUGUAAUUGCCUUUGGGGAGCUGUGGGUGGGUUUUUGUUCACCACAGACGUGAAGAAACCACAAUACUGCUUCCCAAAGCCAGUUUUCUUUUCUUUUCUUUUUUUUCAAGGACAAGCCUCCUUGUCCUGAGAUCUGAAACUCAGAAGGGUUGGGAGCUUUGGGGAUGGCCAGAGAUUUCAAUCUUGAUGAGAAAUUCCUUGUCAGUGACAAGUUGCUAUAAAGCAGGGCAGUUUUCCCAGAGGGGCUGGUAAAAAUACACAUGCAUUAGUAAAGUAAAGCAAGGGGAAGACACUGCCAGAUCUAGCUGUCCACUCAGAAGUCAAAAUGUUUGUGCACACCAGACAGUAUGUCUGGCUACCUCGAGGGAGGGUCCAUGUUUGGUCUGGGAAAACAGUUUCAUGUUCACCACCAGGGAAGGCCUAUGGAUGAGUAACAAUGACCAGGCCCUAUCAGCCAGGAAGAGCGUCUUUUCUAAAUGGCAUCUCAUUAGGUUGAGUGGGAGUGUUUCUCAGCAUGCAGGUUUGAGAUAGAGCAGCCCCAACGGCUGUUCCCAUCAGAGGGUAGCAUACAAGUCUGUGAACCCAGAAUGCUUCCGUGGAUUGGCCUUUCAGUGGAAGGCGGCCACCCACUUGGUGGCGUGGCUGUGGCCAUCCUCAACUUACCUUUCUAUCUCUCUUAUCAAGGUAUCUUUAGAGGACUUUCUGCCAGUGUGGAGUGCUGGGCAUAUUCUAGAAGGCUGCACAAUAAAGUCCCACUUUCCAACCAAAGAUGUUUCAGCAUAAACAUCCAAGAGGGCAGUGUGUCAUGCUGGUAGAGAGGCACCAAUUACAUAAAAGCCAGUGCUGGUCAGCAUGUGUGUAAUUAUUUAUUUCAGCUUUCUGUAAAAGGAGGGGCAUUUUGUUUAAGCCAGGCAGAAACCUGGCAGUUUCCCAGUUGUGAAAUUCUAUUGACAAAGGUGUUAAGUGAAGGGCAGGGUAACGUGGUAUGCUAGGCCGCUGUGCCUUCAUCUUUGUGACCUGGGCAUGUGUCAGGCCCAGACUGAACUGACCAGAAUGACUUUGAUUUGAUGACCAUUAAAGGUCAGGCACAUAAUGGGAUCAGAUGUGUCAGUGGAGGGUGAAGUACAUAGCAUAAUAGAUUGAUGGUAAUUAAGUAGUCGUUUUUAAUAAGAGUCAUCAGAGUUAAAGGCAUUGUUGGAAUGAGCAGCUUGGGAAAGCAAUGAGAGGUCAUGAAGAAAGGAGGUGGGAAAUAAGGAAUAAUUUUUCUGUUACACUAAAGGAAAGAUCAGGGGAAGAGCAGUGUGUGUGUGUGUGUGUGUGUGUGUGUGUGUGUAUGUUUUAGGAGACAGCAUUUUAUCUGUCUAAAAAUUGGUGGUUUUUUUUUGUUUCUAGAUGAUUUUUUUUAAGGGACAAGUAGGGUCAGUACAAGAGAAUUAAACUUUAUGAACUUAUAAAUGGCCCCAAAUCAUCCUAAUUCCUCAUGUGUUUGCCUAGAAAAUGCAGACCACAAUCCUCCCAAUAAAAAUAGUUCAACAAAUAUUUCAGAUGAGAUCGGGCACGUUCAGGAUGGUAUGGCCAAAGAAAAACAAAUAUUUCAAACAUUAAUCUGCAUUUUUUAUAGGAAGAGAAUUGGGGUUGUUACUGGCUUUUUGUUUUUAUGUAAAUCACAGAACUCGUAGAAGUGAUUGUUCAGUGAAACUUUUGUAGUUUUGGAAAGUUAACAUGCUUCAAUAAUACUUAACUAUAUUAUUGUGACGCAUUAUCAUUUAGUAAGAGAGCACAUUGAACUAGAAUACGUGAAUAAAGGCAGGUUUUGAUUGCUGCAACUAUUACGCAUUUUUAGUAUUAUUUUUGUCAGUUUACACAAAUCAUCAAUGGUCAUUGGGGUUUAGAUGUAGAUUACCUAGGUUCAGUCUAGAAUGAGCAGGUGUUGAGAAUGCAAACAGUUAAUUAGGACAGUGUUGACUACACCAUCUGAUAAUGGAGAUUCCAGGUAAGAGGCUUCACAUCUAAUCUGCACUGUGACUCGACAGAUCUCAAUGAUCCUUUCUUUGUGCAAUUUCCUUUCCAGUUCUGUGUCACAGAUAUAUACUAAAGAAGUGUUCUGGCUUACAGAAGUUCUGAUUUACUCUUUUCAUCUGAUCUUCGUUUCAAUAAAUCUCUACCUGAAAGCAGAGAGCUGAGUUGGGAAAAGAUUGUGAAGUGGAAAAAAUUUUUCUAUGACUUAACUUUUUUUCCUGCUUCUAGCAACGAUGACUUGGGCAGUCUGACCCCAAAGCCUCUGCACUUAAUUACUAUGUUAUACUAUCUGAGAAUUCUCAAGAGUACGGCUUGGUUUCAUGAGAGUUUUAUCUUAUCUUUGAAACUCUGGUGCCAACACAGUGCCAGGCACACAAUAAAAGAGAAGUCAUUUAAUCAGAUUAAUUCCCACUGACAUUAGCUAACUUAUGGAUUCUGACAAAAAUGUCUCAAGAAUAGGUGAUAUAACCUUUGCCUAUAGGUGGAAGUAGAUGUUUUAUGAGAUGUGUUUGAGUGGGUACCACAAAUAGUAUCAGGCACAGAGCCAUCUGCUCUUGCUCACUCCGAAAAUAUUCUCUUUGUAGUGUAUGACCCAAAGUAAGUAGGGUCUUAGCUACAUGGAGUCCAAUAGCUGGAACUGAUGUCAGUCUAAUUCCUUUUGUUUAAAAAUGAACUGACUCCUGUUGGCAGCUGGGCGUGGUCGCUCACAUCUGUAAUCCCAGUGCUUUGGGAGGCCAAGGGGGGUGGAUCACCUGAGGUCAGGAGUUUGAGACCAGCCUGGUCAACAUGGUGAACCCCAUCGCUACUAAAAAUACAAAAAAAUUAGCCGGGCGUGGUGGUGAGUGCCUGUAAUCCCAGCUACUCUGGAGGAUGAGGCAGUAGAAUCACUUGAACCUGGGAGGCAGAGGUUGCAGUGAGAUGAGAUCGGGCCAUUGUACUCCAGCCUGGGCAACAAAAGCAAAACUUUAUCUCAAAAAACAAACAAACAAACUUCUGUUGGCAUCUGUGUGACAGUUCAAAAUAUUUAGUAUGAAGAAAGAGAGUUUGGAGUGCUCAAAUAUACUACAAAUUAUAAUCUUUUAAACUUGAUGGCUGAUGUUCUAUUUCAUGUCUUUUCUCUUGAUUGGAGUCCUAAGGAACUUUUUCUUUCUUUAUAGGGUUUUGUCUUACUUAUGUAAGUGAUGCAGGUAAUGGUGAAGGCUGACUGUGACAGCGCAGAGUUAGCACUACAGAUGUUCUGGGCACCUAUGUAUUGGCAGUUUGAGGAGGUUACAAAAGCAAUAACUACCUUAGCUUAUUUAUUUAUUUGUUUGCUUAUUUAUUUUUGAGCCUGUCACCUGGGCUGGAGUACAGUGGCACGAUCUUGGCUGACUACAGUCUUCACUUCCCGGGUUCAGGCGAUUCUCCUGCCUCAGCCUCCUGAGUAGCUGGGAUUACAGGCGCACACCACCAUGCCCAGAUAAUUUUUGUGUUUUUAGUGGAAACAGGGCUUCGCCAUAUUGGCCGGGCUGGUCUCAAACUCCUGACCUCAAUCGAUCCACCUGCCUUGGCCUCCCCAAGUGCUGGGAUUACAGGUGUGAGCCACUGUGCCUGGCCAGCUUGUUUAUUUUUUGAAAACAUUUGUAAACAAUUCAAUCAAAUAGCUAUUCUACAACAACAACUACUACUAUUAUGACUACUAGGUGCUUACGUUUAUGGAGUACUUUCUGCAUGCCAAGCAUCGUUCUAAUGACAUGUAUUAGUGCAUGUGGUCCUCACAACAACUCGGUGAGGCAGGUGCUAUUAAUAUAUCCAUUCUAUAGAUUAGGGUAGUGAGACACUGACAAGUUAUGUAAAUUCUCAAUUAAAAGGUUAAGAAAUGUAAAAUAGAGCAAAGUUUCAAGUUAACAGGAAAAUUCACCAACACUAGCUGAUAAACCAGAUAAUUUUUAUCUGUUUUAAAUCCUUUACGAGGUUGUUUUUUUCUUUUAAGCUAGAGUAGACAUCUUAGGCCUUCUAAGCUGCAAGGGGAAUUGGAGAGCAGCUGGCCUCACAGCAAGGCUUCAUUGAUUAGAAAUGUGAGGCUCAGAGAGGUAAAGUGACUUUCUCAAGACUACAGAGCUCUUUGAAUAUAGACUUCAAACCCUGCACCCUUUUUACUAAAUCAGGCAAUAUUUCUCAUGCUACCUUUUCAUUUUCAAGAUAGCAUAAAAUCCAAGUGUUUAGUCUUCUAUCUCCUAUUUUACAGAAAAGAAAACAAAGCCACUUUAAAAAAACUAGAUCGCAAUUCCUUGUUGAGUAGUUAUCGCUACUCUGGCUGCAUUAGAAUCUGUGGUGUCGGAGGCCUGGACCUUUGCUUGCUCCCGUGAGCCUGCUGCCUGGCUGCACCUUGAUAAAGAUAAUGAGUGUGUAUAUGCCAUCUACCCUGAAAUACCUUUGGAAGAAAUGCCAGAUGCAGACGGAGUAGCCAGCACUCCCUCCCUCAAUAUUCAAGAGCCAUGCUCACCUGCCACAUCCAGUGAAGCCUUCACUCCAAAGGAGGGCUCUCCUUACAAAGCCCCCAUCUACAUCCCUGAUGAUAUCCCAAUUCCUGCUGAGUUUGAACUUCGAGAGUCAAAUAUGCCUGGAGCAGGACUAGGAAUAUGGACCAAAAGGAAGAUCGAAGUAGGUGAAAAGUUUGGGCCUUAUGUGGGAGAGCAGAGAUCAAACCUGAAAGAUCCUAGUUAUGGAUGGGAGAUCUUAGAUGAGUUUUGCAAUGUGAAGUUCUGCAUAGAUGCCAGUCAACCAGAUGUAGGAAGCUGGCUCAAGUACAUUAGAUUCGCUGGCUGUUAUGAUCAGCACAACCUCGUUGCAUGCCAGAUAAAUGAUCAGAUAUUCUACAGAGUAGUUGCAGACAUUGCGCCGGGAGAGGAGCUUCUGCUGUUCAUGAAGAGCGAAGACUAUCCCCAUGAAACGAUGGCGCCGGACAUCCACGAAGAACGGCAAUAUCGCUGUGAAGACUGUGAUCAGCUCUUUGAAUCUAAGGCUGAACUAGCAGAUCACCAAAAGUUUCCUUGCAGUACUCCUCACUCAGCAUUUUCAAUGGUUGAAGAGGACUUCCAGCAAAAACUUGAAAGCGAGAGUGAUCUCCAAGAGAUACACACGAUCCAGGAGUGUAAGGAAUGUGACCAGGUUUUUCCUGAUUUGCAAAGCCUGGAGAAACACAUGCUGUCACAUACUGAAGAGAGGGAAUACAAGUGUGAUCAGUGUCCCAAGGCAUUUAACUGGAAGUCCAAUUUAAUUCGCCACCAGAUGUCACAUGACAGUGGAAAGCACUAUGAAUGUGAAAACUGUGCCAAGCAGGUUUUCACGGACCCUAGCAACCUUCAGCGGCACAUUCGCUCUCAGCAUGUCGGUGCCCGGGCCCAUGCUUGCCCGGAGUGUGGCAAAACGUUUGCCACUUCGUCGGGCCUCAAACAACACAAGCACAUCCACAGCAGUGUGAAGCCCUUUAUCUGUGAGGUCUGCCAUAAAUCCUAUACUCAGUUUUCAAACCUUUGUCGUCAUAAGCGCAUGCAUGCUGAUUGCAGAACCCAAAUCAAGUGCAAAGACUGUGGACAAAUGUUCAGCACUACGUCUUCCUUAAAUAAACACAGGAGGUUUUGUGAGGGCAAGAACCAUUUUGCGGCAGGUGGAUUUUUUGGCCAAGGCAUUUCACUUCCUGGAACCCCAGCUAUGGAUAAAACGUCCAUGGUUAAUAUGAGUCAUGCCAACCCGGGCCUUGCUGACUAUUUUGGCGCCAAUAGGCAUCCUGCUGGUCUUACCUUUCCAACAGCUCCUGGAUUUUCUUUUAGCUUCCCUGGUCUGUUUCCUUCCGGCUUGUACCACAGGCCUCCUUUGAUACCUGCUAGUUCUCCUGUUAAAGGACUAUCAAGUACUGAACAGACAAACAAAAGUCAAAGUCCCCUCAUGACACAUCCUCAGAUACUGCCAGCUACACAGGAUAUUUUGAAGGCACUAUCUAAACACCCACCUGUAGGGGACAAUAAGCCAGUGGAGCUCCAGCCCGAGAGGUCCUCUGAAGAGAGGCCCCUUGAGAAAAUCAGUGACCAGUCAGAGAGUAGUGACCUUGAUGAUGUCAGUACGCCAAGUGGCAGUGACCUGGAAACAACCUCGGGCUCUGAUCUGGAAAGUGACAUUGAAAGUGAUAAAGAGAAAUUUAAAGAAAAUGGUAAAAUGUUCAAAGACAAAGUAAGCCCUCUUCAGAAUCUGGCUUCAAUAAAUAAUAAGAAAGAAUACAGCAAUCAUUCCAUUUUCUCACCAUCUUUAGAGGAGCAGACUGCGGUGUCAGGAGCUGUGAAUGAUUCUAUAAAGGCUAUUGCUUCUAUUGCUGAAAAAUACUUUGGUUCAACAGGACUGGUGGGGCUGCAAGACAAAAAAGUUGGAGCUUUACCUUACCCUUCCAUGUUUCCCCUCCCAUUUUUUCCAGCAUUCUCCCAAUCAAUGUACCCAUUUCCUGAUAGAGACUUGAGAUCGUUACCUUUGAAAAUGGAACCCCAAUCACCAAGUGAAGUUAAGAAACUGCAGAAGGGCAGCUCUGAGUCCCCCUUUGAUCUCACUACUAAGCGAAAAGAGGAGAAGCCCUUGACUCCAGUACCCUCCAAGCCUCCAGUGACGCCUGCCACAAGCCAAGACCAGCCCCUCGAUCUAAGUAUGGGCAGUAGGAGUAGAGCCAGUGGGACAAAGCUGACUGAGCCUCGAAAAAACCACGUGUUUGGGGAAAAAAAAGGAAGCAACAUGGAACCAAGACCAGCUUCAGAUGGUUCCUUGCAGCAUGCAAGACCCACUCCUUUCUUUAUGGACCCUAUUUACAGAGUAGAGAAAAGAAAACUAACUGACCCACUUGAAGCUUUGAAAGAGAAAUACUUGAGGCCUUCUCCAGGAUUCUUGUUUCACCCACAAUUCCAACUGCCUGAUCAGAGAACUUGGAUGUCAGCUAUUGAAAACAUGGCUGAAAAGCUAGAGAGCUUCAGUGCCCUAAAACCUGAGGCCAGUGAGCUCCUACAGUCAGUGCCCUCUAUGUUCAACUUCAGAGCACCUCCCAAUGCCCUUCCAGAGAACCUUCUGCGGAAGGGAAAGGAGCGCUAUACCUGCAGAUACUGUGGCAAGAUUUUCCCAAGGUCUGCAAACCUAACACGGCACUUGAGAACCCACACAGGAGAGCAACCUUACAGAUGCAAAUACUGUGACAGAUCAUUUAGUAUAUCUUCUAACUUGCAGAGGCAUGUUCGAAACAUUCACAAUAAAGAGAAGCCAUUUAAGUGUCACUUAUGUGAUAGGUGUUUUGGUCAACAAACCAAUUUAGACAGACACCUAAAGAAACAUGAGAAUGGGAACAUGUCUGGUACAGCAACAUCGUCGCCUCAUUCUGAACUGGAAAGUACAGGUGCGAUUCUGGAUGACAAAGAAGAUGCUUACUUCACAGAAAUUCGAAAUUUCAUUGGGAAUAGCAACCAUGGUGGCCAGUCUCCCAGGAAUGUGGAAGAGAGAAUGAAUGGCAGUCACUUUAAGGAUGAAAAGGCUUUGGUGACUAGUCACAAUUCAGACUUACUGGAUGAUGAAGAAGUUGAAGAUGAGGUGUUGUUAGAUGAGGAGGACGAGGAUAAUGAUAUUACUGGAAAAACAGGAAAGGAACCAGUGACAAGUAAUUUACAUGAAGGAAACCCUGAGGAUGACUAUGAAGACACCAGUACCCUGGAGAUGAGUUGCAAGACAUCCCCAGUGAGGUAUAAAGAGGAAGAAUAUAAAAGUGGACUUUCUGCUCUAGAUCAUAUAAGGCACUUCACAGAUAGCCUCAAAAUGAGGAAAAUGGAAGAUAAUCAAUAUUCUGAAGCUGAGCUGUCUUCUUUUAGUACUUCCCAUGUGCCAGAGGAACUUAAGCAACCAUUACACAGAAAGUCCAAAUCACAGGCAUAUGCUAUGAUGCUGUCAUUGUCUGACAAGGAGUCCCUCCAUUCUACAUCCCACAGUUCUUCCAACGUGUGGCACAGUAUGGCCAGAGCUGCGGCGGAAUCCAGUGCUAUCCAGUCCAUAAGCCACGUAUGACGUUACCAAGGUUGACCACAGUGGGACCAAGUCCAACAGUAGCAUGGCUCUUUCAUAUAGGACUAUUUACAAGACUGCUGAGCAGAAUGCCUUAUAAACCUGCAGGGUCACUCAUCUAAAGUCUAGUGACCUUAAACUGAAUGAUUUAAAAAAGAAAGAAAAAAGAAACUAUUUAUUCUCGAUAUUUUGUUUUGCACAGCAAAGGCAGCUGCUGACUUCUGGAAGAUCAAUCAGUGCGACUUACAGUGAUUCAAUGAAAAUAAAAAACUUGCUGGGCUGAAGGCAUCUUCCAGUUUACCCCACCUUAGGGUAUGGGUGGGUGAGAGGGGCAGUUGAGAUGGCAGCGUUGAUACGAAUGAACACUCCAUAGAAACUGAAUUCUUUUUUUUUUGUACAAGAUCACCUGACAUGAUUGGGAACAGUUGCUUUUAAUUACAGAUUUAAUUUUUUUCUUCGUUAAAGUUUUAUGUAAUUUAACCCUUUGAAGACAGAAGUAGUUGGAUGAAAUGCACAGUCAAUUGUUAUAGAAACUGAUAACAGGGAGUUCUUGUUCCCCCUUUUGCCUUCCUAAGUACAUUGUUGAAAACUAGGGAAAAAGGGUAUGUGUAUAUUGUAAACUAUGGAUGUUCACACUCAAAGAGGUUAAGUCAGUGAAGUAACCUGUUCAUCACCAGUACCGCUGUACCACUAAUAAAUUGUUUGGCAAAUCCUUGUAAUAACAUCUUAAUUUUAGACAAUCAUGUCGCUGUUUUUUAAUGUUUAUUUUUUUGUGUGUGUUGCGUGUAUCAUGUAUUUAUUUGUUGGCAAACUAUUGUUUGUUGAUUAAAAUAGCACUGUUCCAGUCAGCCACUACUUUAUGACGUCUGAGGCACACCCCUUUCUGAAUUUCAAGGACCAAGGUGACCCGACCUGUGUAUGAGAGUGCCAAAUGGUGUUUGGCUUUUCUUAACAUUCCUUUCUUUGUUGUUGUUUUGUUUUCCUUCUUAAUGAACUAAAUACGAAUAGAUGCAACUUAGUUUUUGUAAUACUGAAAUCGAUUCAAUUGUAUAAACGAUUAUAAUUUCUUUCAUGGAAGCAUGAUUCUUCUGAUUAAAAGCUGUACUCCAUAUUUUAUGCUGGUUGUCUGCAAGCUUGUGCGAUGUUAUGUUCAUGUUAAUCCUAUUUGUAAAAUGAAGUGUUCCCAACUUUAUGUUAAAAGAGAGAAGGAAAUAACAGACUGUAUUCAGUUAUUUUUCCCCUUUAUUGAGGAACCAGAUUUUUUUUCUUUUUGUUUGUAAUCUCAUUUUGAAAUAAUCGGCAAGUUGAGGUACUUUCUUCAAAUGCUUUGUACAAUAUAAACUGUUAUGCCUUUCAGUGCAUUACUAUGGGAGGAGCAACUAAAAAAUAAAGACUUACAAAAAGGA